AUGGUGCAGCUUACGUCGAUCUUUGCACGAGCUCUACUUUUUGCGGCGCUUGCGGUCGCCGCUCCGGCCGCGUCCACACCGCCGCUCCGGAGACAAGUCGUGGGCGACGAAGCUUGUGCCGAGAUUGGCAGGGUUUACGACGAAGCAGUUUCGGCAAAAACUACGGAUAAUGUUGUGGUGAAACCCUCUUUGGCAUACCAGUGCCUUCGAUCAAUCCCCGUGGAUAUUGAGAGAGAUACCGCACUUGUUCACUAUCUGAGACCAUGGCUUGAAUACCAGAGCACUGUUGAUAUUCUUCCAGCCCCGCCUGAAGAGUAUCUUUACCCCGGCGUCGACAUCUUCGGUGGCCUCGACAACAUUACGCGUUCACUCGAGAAUGAGGGCUACGAGUCUCAAAUCGACUUUACUAUUGAUCUUUACAGGCUGAUUAACGUCAAGCCGCGAGAUGGGCACUUGUCCUGGUCACCUGUUUUGGGUGUUCUGAUCAGCUUUUCUACUCCAGCCUUGUUCGUCUCCAUCUCAGAAGAUAGCAUCAAAUCUCCUAGGAUCUACCUUUACUCCGACUACCAAAAGAGCACGGAGCAAGGAUACAAUGCUUCAGAGGUCAAGUCCUUUGAUGGCGCGCCUAUUGUCGACUACGUUCAGCAACGGUCUGUCGAUAACUCUCGAGACCAAGACCCUGAUGCAGCCUACAACGAGCAAUUGUACAGCGCAGCGCUAGCGAAUGUUCUCGAGACGACAGCUGCUGGCAGACAUCUACAUACAACUCUCAGUGACGAAAGCCUCGUCGAAUUCGCCAAUGGAACGGAGGCAACUAUCGUCAACAGAGCUCGCAUUGUUGCAAACUUCUCCGGCAUUACGUCUGGGCAAGCAGUUCAUGAGCGCUUUGAGGUGCCGCGCGAUGACGGCGAAGCGGAAGUAACCCUCAAUACCACCAGAAUACCAUUCUCUCCUGCCUUAGCGGGGUACCCUGAACCUUUCGUCAUCCACGAAGACAAGUACAUCAGCGGGUACCUCUUCAAUGAGUCGACUCUGAGAGACACAGCUGUCCUGGCUGUGAAUGUUUUCAUGUCCCAGAACGGAACUGCUAGAACCGUUCUUGAGGCGCUCGAGGACCCUGUGGAGUUCACGAGAGUUGCUAGCGAAUUCGUCAACAACAGCAAGAGCCAGAACAAGUCCAAACUUAUCAUAGACUUACAGGGCAACGGUGGUGGUCUUGUAGCCAACGCCAUGAGCCUAUACGCCACACAGUUCCCAGAAGCUGGCGCAGAGGCGCACAUGAACAUGCGGCUUCGCGCGCAUGCUGCUUUGAACUGGGUUGGAAGUGCUGCCGAGAGACUAGGUGCAGACCCGAAGACCCUCCCUUACCCGGUUGGUUUUAAUGGCUUCGUCGACGAAGACCUAAGGAACUUCACGAGCUGGGAGGACUUUUACGGUCCCGAGACAAUUGAAGGCAACAACUACACCAAUGUUGUACAGCCUCUGGAAAUAUCCUACGCUCGCACUGGGCUGCCCGGCAUCUUCGAGAUCCCCGAACCGUGGUUCAAGCCAGAGAACACAAUCAUUCUCACCGAUGGUCACUGUGCGUCUGCUUGUGCCUACGUUGUCGGCAUGAUGACUCGCGAGUUAGGGAUACAGGUCGUGGCUAUGGGAGGUCGACCUAUCGACGCGCCGAUGCAAGCUGUCGGAGGAACCAAGGGCGGACCAGUCAUUUCGCUAGGGCCCUACCAGACCCUUUAUCCUGCCCUUGGGGCAUUCAUCAAGCCUCCAGAUGAGAUCGACAUGACACCUUUUGCCGAGCCGAACCCCCCGCUCGCAGGUUUACCUACGGAUACUUGGACUGUCAACUCGGCCAACAUCUACCUUGACGACGAUCUCGAUGGCGUUCCGGUGCAAUUCAGGUACGAGGCGGCAAAUUGCAAGCUCUACUAUACUUGGGAGACCUUGACAAACAUGACCAGUCUGUGGACCGCGGUGGCAAACGUGAAAUGGAAUGGCGCCAAGUGUGUACCGGGCUCGACCACCAAUGAAGAUGACACCAUAGGAUCAGUGCCUGGGUAUACGGACAAGGUUGUGUCCAACUUCAAGUGGGCAGCCGGCCCUGGAGACGUGAAUGGGGCGUCAGGGUCCGGCAAUGGGGAAGGCGGAAACGGUGGUAACAAUGAGGAGAGUUCCAGUGAUGAGGACCAGAAUGCUGCUGGUUCGCUCCGGGCUAGUUGGAAAAUGUUGGCCGUUGUGCUAUCUGUCUCUACGGUGCUGUUUGUCUUGUGA